AAAUAGCCACGGUUGUAUUGUAUACAUUUAAACAGAACACGGAUAUGUGCAUGCAAUGAUCUUCAUGUAGUGCCAAACUUUGGCUGCCAUUUUGACAGGCUUUUUCCGUUUGUACACACUUUCGAAUUUGGAUCCCUUUUCUUCCAUCAUACAGCCGUCCUCCUGACAGUAUUCCAGCACACCUCUAGGUGGUGAUUUGGUCAUGUCCCAAAAACCGGUGACCCCCCAGUAUGUGGAGGAGACCAUGCCUCCCCCGUCCUAUGAAGAAGUGAUGGGGCACCAAGCCCUCUCCUCUGUCAAGGCCAAUGUGCCUCAGGAACAGCUGCCUCCGCUGGCCUACAUAGACAUCAUGCCUCGGUGCCUUAACCCUGGAAACAUGAAAAACAAGAUACCCCCUGAAUACGACAGAUUCAGCACCUUGAUAGGAGCAGCGAACUACUGGCUCCGGGCUAACCCCAGCUACGGCGUGUGGAAAUGUGAGACAGUGGAACGGAAGGUGGAGACCAAUGGUGGGAUAGUGAUGGACAAGAUGAUCUUCCACGAGUCCACGUACGGCUUCAACGUCCUUGUCCGGGGAUUAAGGUUAUGGCUGCAUGUUAAAGACCCAUCGACACCGUCUCAACAACUUGGCCUACUGAACAAGGUGCCCCACACCACCGACAUCGACCUCACCCCUCAGCUGUCACAUCCUUUUGCCGUGUUUCUUUUCCGACAUCCACUCUUUAUACAGACAUAUGGCUACUCGAUGACAACUUACGAAGGAUUAGAGAAAACCUUAGAGAGUUUGAACGAAGAUUUAAAGAGAAAUCCACUACAAGGUUCCAUUUUGAAUGUUGAAAGUGCCACACUCAAAGUAUCAGAAGGGCGAGAAAAAGCCGUCAUUGAUCCUGACAAUACGGUGUGUCACGAAAAUGGCGGCAAGAUGAAACGAUACACCCAGAUCAUGCGGGUUUUCUACGUCAUUGGCGAACCUGCUAAUGAGACGAUAGGAAUGAAAGACUUUGUCCCUAGUAUUACCAGACCACCAGAUCUGGCGACCCAUGCGCAGUUUCAAACGUUUGAUGACGUCAUGAUGAGAUUCUGUAAAUGGUUACCACACCAAACUGGCAUUAAAAUGGUAAACAUUCAGACAUACGAUAUCCGAUACACGGAGACAAUGGGUCACCUCGAGAUUCUCUCCGAUCAGACGGACGACAUUGAUGACGGGAUGUCGGACCGCUUGUUCUUAAAGACUCUCCGUGUGUUCUAUGUGACCAAACCCAGCGUCAAACCCCCUCCCCAGGUCAGCUUUGUCACGUCCAAACUGUUCCUCCCUAUAAGGACAGGGGAGAGGUCCUUUGAAUCGAUGUCCCAGACGAUGUUCCGUAUUGAAGCUUGGUUGAAAGUUACAGGUAUCCCGGUGUACAAUGUGGAAACGGUGAGGUUUCUCUAUAGAGAACCCCUGAAGCUGGGAGUAGACGAUAAAAGAACAAACUAUACUAGCUUCAGUGGCAUAGGAAAGUAUUAUGUCACCGCAAUCAGGGUAUAUUUCCUCUAUCCGUUCCAAGAGCCUCAUCCAAGUUAUCUACCCCCGGCCCUGCCGUGGGACCCCUCUCAAAAGACCUCAUCCACUUGUGCAAUUCAGUGAAACCAUGGCCAAAAACUUUGCUUACAUAUGACU